CAAAAUCUGUCACUGUUAAUCAAAGAAAACAUCAAUAAACCAAAAAUAUCUCACAAAAUGCUACGAAUUGAUAUGAGGACACUGUAAUUUUACAAAUGCGGCGGCAUGAUCAGAAUGAUUUAACUUUUACACAUCAGCCAUUCAUACUCCCAUGCCUGACCAUAAGAGAACUCAAUCUCCACCAGUGUGCAUGAAAAAAUCCCGACAGCUUUUAAAAUCAGUCGCAAUCAAAGAUUUGGAUCAGGCUGGGAUACUUUGCUUCCAAAAUUCAGGAGUGCCAAGCCCUGCUGACUCAAAUUCGUGCCUCUGCGGUCAAGAAGACUGCGCCCCAGGCAUCUGCUGCUCGCUGCAUCGCGAAUGCGGUCAACUUGAUUUACCACCGUCACGGAAUGUACCAGAACCACUUUAUGAACGAGGAUCAUGUGCUUCAGAAUGCGGAGGACAUAAGCAAGAGUUGAUUAGUAGCAUCGCUCGAGAUGGUAGUGAUGGAUACCAACAAGACUUUAAUUCGAGCGAUAGAAGGCUUAGCAUUGGUCGAGAUAGUCGUCAAGGAUAUCCACCAGACUUUUCUUCGAACGAUAGAACGUGUAGCAUAGGUCGGAAUAGUCGUCAAGGAUACCAACAAGACUUUAAUUCGAACGAUAAAUCGUGUGGCGUGGGUCGAGAUGGGCGUCAGGGAUACCAACCAGACUUUUCUUCAAACGAUGGAACGUGUAGCAUCGACCGAAAUGGUCGUCAAGGAUACCCAUCUGAGUUUCCUUCAAACGAUAGAUCAUGUAGCAUAGGUCGAGGUAGUCGUCACAGAUACCAACCGGACUUUUGUUCAAACGAUAGAAGGGUAAGCAUCUCUCGACAUAGUCGUCAGGGAUACCAACAAGACUUAUGUCCGACCGAAAGAAGAGUUACCAUUAGUGAGCGUGAAGGAUACCCACAAGACUUUUUCGCGAACAAUGGAAGAUUUAGCUUCGGUCCAGCUGAUUGUGAUGCAUGCGAAGAAGACUUCCCGCCGACUGGAAGAAGAUUUAGCAUACAAGGCCGCAAUUUCCAGCUCAGCGAUCUCAUUCCAGACUGCUGUAAACCGUCCGCUUUUAUGACACCAAAGCCAGCUCCUCCCCCGGAGUCUUGUUGUGAUUCUUGUAGAAAAGAACUUUUCACGCAAGGCAAACUUGUGCCAAAGCCAGCGUUUGACCCUUACAAACAAUCUUGCUGUGAUACUUGUAAAUAUCUACCUCCAAAACUAAAGAGCGAAGACCCUUGUUCACAUGACACCUGUGGCAAGGAUGAUACAGAACUUAGUGAUACUGGCUCCGUGAUUUCCGAAGAACAGAGAAAAAAAUUAUGGCAAAUGCCUCUGGGGACACCUCCGCCCCGUAAAAGUUCCUCCCAAAAACAUUUUAGGUUGAGUAAAAAUAACUUAGGGGAUCUAGAUGAUGAGAAUGGUAAAGGCGCGACUGGCGCUAAUUGUAGUUGUGAUGAGGAGCUCGAUGGAAAAACUGAUAAACCCGAAACGGAUGAGAAAAGAACAAGUAAGGACAGUAAAACUGAUUUGACGAAUGCAGAAAGUAAACCUGAAGAUGGUAGUAGAAGGAACUCGUCUGCACAUGAAAUUAAAAAAGAGGAAAGUAAAAGGUUGAGUCAAGAAGAAAAAAGGAUGAGUCGAGAAGAAAGAAGGUUAAGUCGAGAAGAAAGGAGGUUGAGUCGAGAAGAAAAAAGGUUGAGUAAAGAAGAAAGUAAAAGGCCUAGUCAAGAAAAUUAACAGUCAGUUACCAGAUUUCGCAGAGUGCGCCCGCGCCGGUUUCAGUGCUGCGGGAUUGUCAGUCUGAUGAGCUAACCGGUCUGAAGAGCCUUGCGCUUGUUGCUCACCGUCGAUUUUCACUGAAAUAUUAGUUCA